UAGCCAAGAUGGCGGAGCGGAGACGGGGCCGCGAAGCUUCUGGAAGUGCGGGGCGGCGGGAAGCUGGUGGUAGCCCGGGUGGAGGGUCGGCAGCAGCAGCCUCGGGCAGCCCAGCCCGCACCCCCGGCGUUAAUGCCUUCGCCAACGACGGCAGCUUCAUGGAGCUCUUCAAGAAGAUGGAGGAGGAGAAGCAGAGGCGGGAAGCGAGCGGCACUGACGCGGAGAACGGCGGCAAGCGCGGCCCCGAGGCUGGGAGCGACGGCCAUUCCAGCAGGAAACCCACGCUGAAUAUUGUGGGAAAGCGGCGAGGUGGGGCAAAGCUAGCCCUCAAGACGGGAAUGGUAGCCAAGAAACACAAGGCUGAUGAGGAGGCUGAGGCACGUGGAGGAGAUGCGUGGGCAAAAUACAUGGCAGAGGUGAAGAAGUACAAAGCACAUCAGUGCAGUGAUGACGACAAAACCCGGCCUCUUGUUAAAUAGCCUCAUCUGCAAGCCCACGCAGACAAGAACUGUAUUAUAUUUUACACCGUUCAGAUCAAGUCCUCAACCCAUUGCCCUGACUGUACAGACAGUAUGAGAUUUUUGAUGGCCUGAAAUAUGUAUUUAUUUGAAUUUGUGGUUUGACAACAACACCUGCAAAACAUCGAAUGCAUCGUUUAAUUUUUAUCAUUAUAAUCCAAUUUCAGUGAUUAUUAGUGUACAGCCCCUGUUGUAGCUAUCCACAUACUGGUUUCUCCAUAGAACAUGGUUUUCAGAUACUUUUAAUCUUUAUUUUUUAUAAUAUGCACGAUUAUAGCGCCAAUUGUCAGUAAACAGAAAGCUCCAUGCAUAUUUGAUCUUCUGUGCCUGCAGUUAUUAGCUAUAGAACUGUAGACAAUUUUUGAAAUGUGUAUAUAAUAUUUCAUACUUUGACCUCCCCUUGGCAAGUGUAUUUACCAGGUUGGUGUCAGCAAAUAUUGGGACUAUCUGGCUUGUUCUUGGUCUGGUUCUAUGUUUUGUGCAUUUCUUUGAAGAGCCUAGUGCCUGAGUGUUGCUGCUAUAUCUGUUUUCUUUUGGCCCCCAAGGGUAAGAGGCAAUAGUAGGACGUGUUUCUUGUUUACGCUAUUAGAUCUACAGGAGACAGUGACCAAACUGGGUCUUGACUGGACUUCACGCCUUUUUAUCCUGGGGGUGAGGUCUAUCCAGUGAAGAAAGCUGAGGAUGUGAUUGCCAGUGUUCCAGUGGAUCAGGCACAGCCAUGAGUGAGUGACCCAGCAUGGUUGGGGGGAGUAGUGUAAACACAGGAAUUAGAGCAGGGUUAGCAAAGGUUCCUCAAGGUCACAAAACUACCUCAGAUGUAACUAGUGGAACAUUUUCACAUAACCUCACUGAGUUUUCACCCGGGUGGUGGUCACCUUCCACAACUGCAAGUAGAAGACUUAGUUUUGCUUGAUUGAAUUUCCUUACCCAUAAAUACCCACUAAGCCUGUUACAUUGUGGUGUUCAAUGUCCCUGCCUGCUAAACCUGGAGUGCUCUGUGAGACUUCACUCAAAAAUAAUACCAAAUGGUGAGUGGGGGGGGAGUGACUUCAGGGAAUGGGUUUGGUGAUUACAUUAUAGAUGGAGUGUCAGGGAGAGAGAAGCAGUUUUCCUUUGCUUUUGGCUCAUAGUGGAGAUCAGGAAGAAACAACCGAUCUUGCAAUUGUAUCAGUGUCUUGUAAGUUCCAAAGCUGCAAGCUAUAUGGUUAAAUGCAGAGUGGGCAGUUGAUAUUUUUGAUAGAUGUUUGGUUGUAAACAACACAAGAUUUCCUGAAAUAUGUGUGAGGGGUGGGAAGGAAAGCAGCCAGAAUAUUACAAGAGGUCUUCAGUUAAAACAAUCAGUGUGAAGAUUGUUUCUACUCCUCUGAAUUUGAUUUCCUACCACUCAAUCUUUCUGGAUUUGUAUCCUUGUUUCACAAUUUCUCUUUCAUGCGUUAAAUGUAAAGCAUGUCCAGAAACAGUGUAGUUUCCCAGUCUUACCGCGCCUGGGGCAUGUCAUCUCCUCUCAGUAACAGAACAGCGUAGUGACUGAUUCAUCUUCCAGGUGCUUGCUUUGGUAUUAAAAAUGUGUACUGCGC